AUGUCAUCGAGGCAGCGUCGAGCGUCUGGCCGGAACGAAGAUUGUGGAGGGAGGCAGUGAGACACGACGAGGAUUGUCGAUUGCAAACGAAGGCGCAGCUUCAGAGACGAGAGAUGCAAGCCGGAACGGGGUCACCCGCACGAGGAGCAUCGAGCAGCGGAAGCGCCAGUGCCCCGCAAGUUCAGGAUGAUUCUGUGUUCAAUCACCUGGCUGAUGAACUGACUUUCGUCGCCGAUCGCAAGGCCGAGACCCAGCAAGCUUUGAUGGAGGAUCUGGUUGCGGCGCUUCGCAAGGAGGAGAAAUUGCUGGACGCUGAUGCGUGGAAGUAUGCUGCACCUCGGUCUCGGCGGUCGGAUAUAUCGUAGAGUAGACAUGAGAAAAAGCUGAUAGUAAUCGUAGUCGGGGGUUAUUUAGGUUCAGUUUUGGGAGCAGAGCGAUUUGGGUUGGGAUCAGUUGGAAAAAUGGCUAGAGAUAACUGGGUGCCCUUCAACGAGCGACCGGAGUGGGAGGACUUAGAGCCUGUACCGCAAGACGAUGGGCCGAAUCCUGUCGUACCGAUUUCGUACACGAGACAAUUUAGGGAAACUAUGGAUUACUUUCGCGCGAUACUUAAGAAAGAUGAGCGCAGUGUUCGUGCCCUCAAGCUUACUGCGGAAGUUGUUGGCCUCAAUUCGGCAAAUUACACUGUUUGGCAUUUUAGGAGGCUAGUCUUGGAAGAGCUUGGUUCGGAUUUGGAAGAGGAAUUGUCGUUCAUGGAAGAAAUCGCUGAUUUGAACUUCAAGAACUACCAGUUCUGGCAGCACCGGCGAUGGGUCGCUGAAAAACGUGGUGCAGUGGCAGUGCGAGAUGAACUGAAGUACACAGAAAUUGUUUUGCAAGAUGAUGCUAAAAAUUAUCAUGCAUGGUCUCAUCGACAGUGGGUUCUACUGAAUUUGGGAGGUUGGGAUGGGGAGCUGGAUUAUUGCUCAAAGUUGCUUUCUCAGGACAUCUACAACAACUCAGCAUGGAAUCAGAGGUAUUUUGUGAUAACCAAGGAUCCAUCUCGUGGUGGGCUUAAAUCUAUGCUGGAACCUGAAGUUAGCUACACAUUAAUGGCUAUACAAGAGGCGCCAACCAAUGAAAGCUCCUGGAGAUAUCUCAGAGGACUUUUCAAGGAUGACAAAGCAACUUUCAUUACGCGUUCAGAUGUUAUCAUGGUCUGUCUUCAGCAACUUGCGGAUGAGCAGAGCUGUGUGCAUGCACUAAAUCUGCUCUUGGAUUUGCUAAGCAUCGGCUAUGAGCCCUCUCAAACCGAUUGUUCUGCUCUUGGCAAAGCGCUUGGUACUUGGUCAUCCCUCGUGGAGCUUGCAGGGCUCCUCUGUACGCGGUUAGAGGAGCUAGACUCUAUAAGAUCUCGGUAUUGGGCUUGGCGGAGAACUAUGUUACCAACGGUAGCAAGUUCUUAGAGGUUCUUUGCUGCCGGUGUCGUCCUAACAGAAGGAAGUAAAUAUCCUGCACACGUUGCGAUUGUGCUUCUGCUUUUCUACCUGCGUCCAUAACGAGGUUAUUAACGAUUGCUAGAGUAACUAGUUGAGGUCUUCGACCGAUGUUACGGGAGGAUUGACUGUAGGUAGGGGAGGUUUGUCGGUUUUGGCUCAGUGCCGGACCUAAGUUGUGUAUUACAGCUUACCAAUAGAUAACGUGGUUCAUUGUAACCUUAUCAGAAUUGAUGGAAGAUGAAUAAGCAAGUAGCGUAAGCUCAUUUGUUUUUAAUUGGAUUGGCUUAUAUUCAAUGAGCGUUAGACUUUGAAAAGUUAUUUUGUU